GUUUCUCUCUCUGUUCUCACAGACACUCUGAAACAAAGAAACACAGACAGAAUACACUCAGCGUUUUGAAUUUAGGGAGAAAGAGAAAGAAGUGAAAGAUUUUGCUUUUGAAUCUGAAGUGUGUUCAUCUCGAACGCACGCACGCUCGCUCGCUCGCUCUCUGUGUGGAAGAAGCAACUCCAAUUCUCUCUUUUCCAUUCUAUUAUAGGUUUGGCGAAUAUAGAUGUUCUGCAGGACAGAGAUGGAUUUCAGUCCUAGUCCUCGGUCAAAUGUAGUUGGUUUCAAAUUUGACCCCAGAGACCAUGAGUUGCUCUCAUACUUCCUCUACAAGAAGGUUAAUGGACAGUCAUUGGAUCUCUACUGUGGUUUUAUCUCUGAUUUUGAUCUCUACGGAGCCCAUCAGCCUGAUCAGAUUUGGGAUCUUUUUGGCGGUUCCUUUUUGCGAGAAGAUGAGGACCUCUAUUUCUUUACCACUUUGAAUUUUAAGGGUAAGGGUAAGGCCAAGGGUAGCCGUGGCAGCCGCAUUUGUCGCACAAUCAGCUCCGGAGGAACUUGGAGUAAUGAGGGCUCUAAGGUUAUAUAUGACGCCCACAGCAGCCUACCUAUUGGAUUAAAGCGUUGGUUUCACUAUGAGAACGCUCAGUCGCCACAGAAUGGCUGUUGGAUCAUGCACGAGUUCACCCUUGAUGUUGAGGGUUCCUCACUGCGGUUGCCUUCUUCUGAUCAGGCUGUUGUUGCCUCCUCUGUAUUGUGUCGGCUACGUAGAAACGAUCAAGCCAAGACUGCUUCUAGGAAGAGGAAAGUUCAGCCACAGCCCCUCCCUCAACAAGAUUGUCCAAGAAAGAAGCAGCGGGCUGCCGAGCAUGCUACUACCACUGAUGCAUCUGAUGACACUCUUCUGCCCCUGAUUAUUCCCGUUUCUAACCAGCAUUCUGUCAUUCACAUUGAUGCCAUUGCUUCCCCUGCUGCUGCUACUGCAUCUGAGCAGACUCUUCCACCGAUGGUUACUAUAUCUGAUCCUGUUUCAGAAUCAGAAUUUGGGCCUGAUAUAUUCAAUACUAAUUUUGAGGAUGAAGAUUUCUGCUCGGAUGAUCUGGAUCAAUUUUUGACUGAGUUUUUGGGGGAUCUUACCGAUUGUGACGACACCCCACUCUUAUAGUACAUUCUUGUAUUUUUUUUUUUGGUGGACUAGCAAAGGCCAAACUCCCACUGGCUCAUUGUUUUUUGUGCCAUUAGAUUAGAUUUACUUAUCACUUAGAAUAGUUCAAAGUCAGUGCAAUUGUAAAUUCCUUUUCUUAAGUUGGAAUCACUCUACUCUUUAUCUUUUUUUUCUUC